GCAGCAGCAGCACCAGCAGCGGCGGUGGUGGCAGUAACAGCAGCGGCAACAGCAAUACUAUCACAAGCACGAUAUCGCGGUCAGCAUGAGCUACAAGACACCCUACUUCCCACGCCAGUGGCACGGCGCUGGCGUGUAGCCCCGGUGGUAGUCUCGGUAUGCCGGUGUAACCGGUUGUGAGUCGGGAGUUUAUUCCCUUCGAGUGUAGGCAGAGCUCGCUACCUUGCGCUCUGCGAUCUACUCACACCCGGUACUCCGUCCGCCUCUUCCACCACCAAGCACUGUCCCCUGGUGCUCCCACCCCGGCGGUAACGCUCCCUCUCGCUGUCGCUCCCUCCCGCGUGCGCGUCGCCCGACCCUCGGAAAUUCUGAAAGCGGUUCGCGCCUGUGCAACGCGGGGGUGGCGAGGGACCGAAAAUCGAGGUGAAAGGAAACUCCGCGGAUCCGGCCUAAGGGUCUCUCCUAGGGCUGAUGUGUGUCGGCCGUGCCCCCUCGCGUGUGCGUCCUGCGAGCGCGAAAAAUUCAUACACGCGCGCGCGCGUACGCACAUACAUCCGUACACAGUAACGCGUAUACAUACAUACGCGCGUGCAUUCGCGCCCACCGUCAACAUACGCGUGUACAUACGUGUGCCCGUGUGGAUUCGUGACGUAUCGCCAAUAUUUUCAUUGCCCCGAGGGAUCGCCCUCUUUCUCUCUCUCUUUCUCUCCUUCUCUCGCGUUGCGAUUCCCUUGUCACGCCGCUUCGGUAACGGGUGAAGAAAGGGUGUUCGCGACGCGCGCGAAUCGGUAACCGGGACCGCGUUUCUUCAUCACCCGGGAUAUACAACGCGACGCCGUGGUGACGUUCGAUCGCGCGCGGCCAGUUUUCCAAGUGACACACUUUCAUCCGCGAGAGAAGAGAAACUCGCCCACGGCGGGCUGGCGGUAGUCGCGGCAAGAGGACUGUGCGGGAUAGUGGUGAUUAUUCACGAGUGCACGCGACCAAGCCGCGAGCGCAGGUGGGAAUUUAGCGAGUGCAUCAUCGUCGAGCUCAGUGACCAUCCUCAAGUUUCCCGCGGUGACUCCCGCCCUCCGAUAACCCCACGUUUCCUCGUCGUAUAUGUCGCGACGUUAACCAAGUGCGGAUUGACAAGUGCGGAUUGCCAAGUGCGGAUUAACUGGCUUUCGAGUGGUCUCAGCCGCGCUGUGGUGCACGAUCGGGGGAUCCGCUUUUCGUCGGAUCGAGGAGCCGCUUUUCCGGUGCGAGAGCGAUCAUGUGUCCCCGAUUGCAGCCCUCUCUCGAGGGUUGAGUCGCCGAUUCGGUGUCGUCCGAUCGGCCGACACGGGUCCGCGAGUGUUGUGUUGCGCGACGUAAACGUCGUUGGCGGCGAUCGUCUACCCGAGGACAUCCCUGCCGUGACGCGAGGUGAUCUCGCGGAGGGCACCAACCGUGUACCACAUUCUCGCACUGCAAGAGGACUUGGAACCUCGCGAGGAUGCGGGACCGGCUCUCGUGGUACAUGGUCUUCUUGAUUCUGCCGACAAUCCUCUUGGCCAGAUCGCUCGAUAAAGAUCGACGCGUGCCGUACAACAUCCCGUCGGAUUGGAGGGCCCUUUGGUUCAGCAAUCUCGACGAGCUGCAGAGAGUGAACGAGGCGAACGACAACAACACUGUUUCUAACGUCACGGUGCAAUUGGGCGGCACCGCCUUCCUGCACUGCAAAGUUCGCAAUUUGGCGGAGAGGACCGUUUCCGAUGCCGAGAUAUCGUGGAUCCGGCGACGUGAUUUUCACGUGUUAACAAGCUCCAUGUUCACAUACACGAACGACGAGCGAUUUCAAGUACUGCAUCCCGAAGGCUCGGACGAUUGGACCCUUCAAAUAAAAUAUGUCCAAGAAAGAGACAAUGGGACGUACGAGUGUCAGGUCUCGAGAAGUGCAGGGAUACUGUCACACUUUGUCAAUCUAAAUAUAGUGAUACCAGAGGCGUUUAUAUUAGGAAGCGACGAGCAUCACGUCGACGUAGGGUCUAUCAUAAAUCUCGUGUGCAUAAUAGAGAAGAGCCCGACGCCGCCGCAAUACGUGUUCUGGUAUCACAAUAACCGGAUGAUAAACUACGACAUCGCGCGCGGCAGCGUGACCGUACAAACCGAUCCAGGACCAACUCAGAGCCGGCUGACGAUUCGCCAAGCAGUGGAGACGGACACGGGCAAUUACACGUGCAGCGCCUCCAACACCAAGCCGGCAUCGAUCUUCGUCUUCGUCACCGAAGGUGACAAGAUGGCAGCGAUACAGCGCCGCAAAACGUCGGCAGCGAAGAGGAAUCUGGCGGGCGUGCUGGUACCAGCGGUACUCGUCGUAGCGGGCGUCGUUUUAGCGCGAUAAGCGUUUCACUUCGAAAUGUCCAUAACUAUUACGUCAUUACUUCCGUUUGUGAUAGAUAGGAUAUUACCCUCCUCCCGCCCUUCUUCCUUCCCCUGGAAUUUUACGGUCCGCCCUCCCUCCUUUUUCACCGCCCGCAUUCGCACCCCUCUCUCUUUCUCUCUCUCUCUCCCAUCUCAAUUCCUCGCGGGAUUUCUUCUUUCCUCCCCGAACCACGCUCCCGUCUUCCGUUCCAUCUUCCAAUUUCUCUUCCUUCUUCACCCUUCGCUCUCCCCCCUGCCCCUUCGGUUAUUCCUUAUUUACUUAGUCGAGGUUGCCGCCGGCUGGACUACUUAGAUAUGCGAGAUUUUCGUGGAAGAUUGCGCGAUUGCCUGCUCCAAGUCAUUACGCGCGACGCGCAUGCGACUCGAAUUAUGUAAAUACUGCCCGGGUCGAAUACGCCACGACGAGGCGGAUUACGUUAGGCCAGGCCUGUCCAACUUCCGGGCAUCGCUGAUCGUCCGUUCACUCGACAGACCAGAUUUCAGGACGGCCGGAUGGAAAAUUCACCUGGUCAGCGCAAACGAAUCGAUCGUGCUGCUAACAAGGUGAGGCUAUAUUUCUCGGAAAUCGAAAUAAAUGAUAAGGCGACGGGUUCCAAAGGCGCAGACCUCUAACGCGUGCAUGUGCGAGAAUGAUACAAAGCCCGUGUGUCGUUCGUAGAUGCUGCAGACACUGAGUUUUUCUUUUAAAAUCCUUUCUAGGCAUACUAUUUUUACUUACUUCGUAAGCACAUUGGGUCUUUUCCGUUCAACCCAACUUUUCUCGCUGUUCUAGGCUUUAAGAGAAUCUAAAAUAAUUUAAGCAUCUGUUCUAUUAUUACUAGAUAGUUGUUUAACUAAAGUGUUAGAGCCAUUAUUUAAUAAAAGUUGAAAUUGUUAGGAGAAAUUUGAGAGUGAAAUUUUGUCUGGGUCAAAAAAGGCUCAACGUGCCUACGGAGGGUUAAAGAACACGUUUUUAUUAUAUUUAUAUUUACAAAUGGCACAAGCGUCAUUCUCGCAGUUUAAAUUCUUGGACUUAUUUUGUCCUGGAAAUGACCAAGUAGCAUACGUAAACUGCGAAAUUCUGUUGUUAACAAGGUGAGGCUACAUUUCUUGAAAAUCGAAAUAAUUAAUGAGAGGCAGGUACUAAAGGCAUAAACCUCUAACGCAUACAUGUGUGAGAAUGAUACAAAUUCAUGUUCAUAGCUAAUACAGACAUUAAAUUUUUAAAAUAACGUUUUCUAUUCUAUUUGUAAUUGCAAAUACACAAUUUUAAUUCCUGUACUUAUUUCGUCUUUGAAAUAACCAAGUAGCAAACGGAAACCGAGGAAUUUUGUCGCAGCCAAGGCGUGGCUACGUUUCUCGGAAAUCGAAAUAAUUAAUGAGAGCCGGGUUCCAAAGGCACAGCCCUCUAACGCGUGUGAGAGUGAUACGAAUUCAUGCGUUGUAGCUACAUGGUCGGCAAAGCAAAAUUUUCCAAUGCAAGGAGUUUCUGAAUGGAGAUUGAAGCGAGAUAGAGGGAUAAAUACAUUUUCUCAUGUUUUUUUCUGUCAUAUGUUCUUUUAACUUUUACAUAUAGCAAAAGUACCUAAUAUUUUUGUUAUAGUACCUUUUCUGAUAUUAUUUCUUUAAAUAAAAUUAUUAAUGAGCUUCUCCGUAUUUAAAUUAUCGACAAUGUUUUGAAUAUACAACACGAUAUGAUUCAAGUGUUUUCGAAAUUGUCGAUCGAAGGUAACGUUCUAAACGUUUUAAAUCAGAGAAUGAUUUUUCAUUCAAACAAAACGAUGCAAAGAUCGUUAAAACAACACGAAUAAAUUUUGUGUCUGUCACAAAGAACUUCAAUCAAAUAUUACAUUUUUGUGAAUUUAAAUUUUCUUAAAAAUUUUAGUCUAAAUAACAGUUAGAUUUCGACAAAGUGGAAUUUGAUAUAUUGGAUAUUUACAAACGUGAAACUACAUUGAUUCCGCCGGUCCUGGAUACUGAAUUUUUUAAAGAACGUUUCAUUCUGUUUAUGUUUACAAAUGAUGCAAUUAUCAUUCAACAAUUUGAAUUUUUCGUUUUUGUUUCGUUUUUAAAAUAACCGAUUUGAAUAAAUGACUAACCAGCAUGCAUAAAUGAGGGAUUUUGAUAAAUUUUGAGAUGUGUCGCGCAAGUAAUUUUAAACAGAAACCACCAUUUGGUGCCAAGUCAGAGUUGGAAUACAACAAUAAGGUUUAGAUUUGAAGAUUAUUUGUAUCGUCCAAGUUUUGAUUGAUUGGAUUCUUCAUUUAUUUCGAAGAAGUAAUAUACGAUUCAAGGAUUUAGGGCUCUUUUCUAAUCAAUUUUCGUGAUGGCGAUUUUAAAAUUUGCAGCUUUGUAGUAAUAUAAACGAUGUAAUUUCAAUUGUAAGAUAGUAUUACAACGAACUGAGCAGUAUGUACGUUAUUGUAAAUUGAAAUGGAUAACUAUUCGAGUUAUGUUCAAUGAAAUAUAUUUUGCAUUAUUAAACAAUAUUCAAUAAUAUAAUAGUAGCGAAUAAUGGGAUAUAAUAUUGAUCGAACACAUCUUUUUGACGAAUUAAUGCCACGAAUUAAUUCGGAAUUACAUAUUAAAAUCAAAUUAAUUUUGCAUCGCGAUUCUUUACUUCUCGAGUUGCAGUAAAAGAAAAAGCAAAUGCUUGCAAAACGUUUACUCGUUAAAAAACUUAAUAAUCUCGCGGAUAAUUCAAAUCAAUCCGAACACCGAUGCGAUCUCUUUCUACUUAAAUCUGCUUGAAUAACGCUUCCAAAAUCUGAAAGAUUUUUCGCGGGAUAUAGAAAAGGAAAAAUAAAAAGGGCGAAAAUACCUGAAAAUGUCGUCAAAACGCGAAAAUUUAAUCUUACGUUUUUCAUUUUCCGUAUAAAAAUUAUUACGAAAAAAUUGUUCGUUUCACAGACGAGAGCGCGCUCGUGCGCUCCUUGCAACGUCGUAAUGGCGGCGUUGCGAGAUAGAGAUCGCACCGUCGCGUCGCACGAAAACGCGUUUAUUGCACGACACGGCGUCUCGCAAGAGUUUAUUGCACGUGAAACAAACGUGAACAAAGAGCGGUACAUGCGUACAUACAUACGCUGCAAUUCCCGAGUGGUGAAUCGAGCGUCGCUCUCGCGCUACCAUCAUUAAAGGCCAUCAUUAAGACGUCUCGCGGCCGCGUUGUUGCAGAUUAUACUACUAAAUGGAUUCGUCUGCCUGUCGCUGCAUUCGAGGAGGGCGCCGAGAAGAUUACGAAAUGUUCUUCCGCGCUAUAAAUUAUUGCAAAACAUCCCUUUUCAACAAACAUCGUAGCUUCACGUAUAUUUUUAAUCUACAUACCAAUGCGUAUGCAGAUAUUGUAUUAACUCAACAAGUUUUUAUUAUUGCCCAGAAAAAAAAACGGAAGUGAAAUACGAAGCGAGUUUUGCGGAAGAGUAUCGAAAAAUUUAGCUAGCUAAAUAAUAUACACAUCUGAAAAUAUAAUUUUGUUGGACUGUCCCAAUAAUUAUGCAGAACGCUCGAGCAUGAUGAGCAAUGCUGCAAAAAAGUUUGCUGCAAACAUUCUGGCAGCGAGCUUGAGAGUUCCAUAUAAUUAUCUUGAUGGUUCUAACAAAAUUAUUUUCAGAUUUGUCUUUAGCGAAAUUUUUAGCUGCUUCAGCAAAAUCGUUCUCGCUUCUGUAUAUAUAGUGAAAUUAUUUUACAGCAAUGAUAAUAAUUAUAAUUGUCUUUAUUAUGAAUUAAUUAUUGUAAAGUACUCUCGCUAUAUGGCAAUGGAAUUAUUUACUUUUACAUGAGAAUUAUGAUGGAACUUUAUCGAUUGGUAAUCAGAAGAGCGUCACCAAGUCCGUUGCCGAACUUUAUUUUAUGUAAUCGCAAUUCGCAUUUUUGUGAAGCAUGCGCGUGAAUGUUUGAGUAUCUUACCUAAGAUGAGUCAAAGAACCAGGAUCGGCUGGAUAUUGGACAACCGACACAUUGCGAUGUACUACGUUGCAACGAGUUGAUCGAGUAACAGCUUUGACUUUAAAGUUGCAAGCGAGUGUUACAUCGUCUCUCUUGUCAUUGGUCACGUGUAUAUACUUUAACUUCUGUCGUUAAAGUUCUGACCUACAAAAUAGAAAUGAUUGUGACAUUAGUAUACACUGAAAAAAAUGAUCUGAUAAUAUUAACAAAAUUUACAUAUGAUUGGGUGUGUCUGAUGAAACCAAGUAGAAUUUCUGGUUAUUAUAACAAGAUUCUGGUUAUUAUAAUCAGAACGUUCAAGUCGUUCGACAGAUUUUACUAUAAUUUCUGCAAGAUUUCUGAUUCGUCCGUUUUGGAACAGACAUACUGGUUGAAUCUAACAGAAUUCCUAUUAAUGCAACAAAAUUUUUUUUCAGUGUACACACACACACAUACACACACAGACACAUAUGUCAGUACAAUCAAAAUUGCAACUGUAAAAAAAUAUUAUCAUGACGCAAUUCAAUUUCGUGAAUUUAAUAAUUUAAUUCUCUUAUUUUAAACGACCUCGCUUUCACGAAAUUUGCACAUAUUAUCCAUGUUUGUAUCAUUCUCCACUACACAGAAAAAAAUUAAUAUCAAACUGUAAUUAAUAUAUAUCCUGUUUCAUGCUUUAUGGUUUUAUAUAUAAGCAACAUAAAAUUUCUUUUAAAGAAUUUUUGAUAAUCUUAAAUUUCAGUAAUAUUAUAUUUUUAUUCCAAUAUUGUAAUAGUCACCUAAGAACAAUAUCAUUGUUUUGAUAAUAAUAAUAAUAUUAAAAAACUUUAAUUCUUGGUUUAAAGAUAUACUGUUACUUUCUGUCCGAUAUUUUCUUCCUUUUAUUUCACGAAAGUUGAUGAAUUUUAUUAAAGAGGAAAAGCCAUGUAAAAAUUCAGCUAAAAUUCGGGAAUUUAUUGCGAAAAAUGUAUUGCAUUAAUAUUUUUGAAACUUUCAUUAUAUUUUAUUAUUUGAUAAGAUUUGAAAACCAUUUUAUUAAUAUAAUAUGUUUUUAAAUGUUAGAAUUACAAGGAUAUAUGUCCAACCACUCAAAAAAUGCGUGGAAUGUAGGGUCUGCUGUUUUGAUCUGAAAUCAAAAAUUCAAGAUAGAAACUUUAGUUAAUGAGUAUACGCUCAGCAUGAAUCUAUUUUGAAGUUAAAAAAUACAAAAUUGCAAAAAUAUGUGAAAAGAAAAAGUACGUUUUUUUUAGCAAUUAAUGCUAAAACAGUUGUUUAUUGUAGAAAUAUUUAUAUAAAAAUAUGCUGUGAAGAUGUUAAAGAAUAUGUAUAUGCAAGAAGUUCGUUGUUUGAACAUUUUAGAGCUACAUAUUCCACGGCGCAUUUUGUUGAGUGGUUAGACAUAAAUAUAUACGUCCUUGUAACUCUAACAUUUAUAACAAAAAUGGUUUUUAAAUCUUCAAUUAAGUAAUAACAUAUACUGAAAGUUUCAAAAAGAUUGAUUCAAUGCUUUCAUCACAAUAAAUUCCCAAAUUUUAGCAGAUUAGAUGUUCGCAUGGCCAUCCGCUCUUAAAUAAUGAGAAUAUAAUUUUUUUCUUGCUGAAAUUAUAUAAAAUUUCUUAAUGUAAGCAAGUUAUGUCUGUAUAGUUUAAUCUCAUUUCAAUAUUUACUUCUUAAAAAUUUAUAGAUGUAGACCUUAUAUAUUCUAAAAAAUAAAAAUGUUCUUUUUUUCUGUGUAGGAGUGUCAGAGGUCCACAGUUUUGUACUUGGCAGUUUCGCACGAUCUUUCAAGCGCGAAACGAAUUCGCGAAUUAAACUGUGCACCGUUGAGACGCACUUUUACCGAAUCAGUUACAAUGCGGCAUCGUUAUUGGGCAUAGAAAUAGAGCCCACCAGUUGGACAGGCCUAACAACAAACGUGGGCUCACCGAGCGACGACGGCGGAAACGUAUGUCAUGCGAGGUCUUCUUUCCCUCUUCCUUCCUACGGCGUUAACCCUUCGAGGAGCCCACGAAAUCACCACGUAGCAUCGUUUUCUCUCGCCCGAAACACUGUACACAUCGGAUACGCGUAGCGAUUAAGGCGAAUUCAACGGUUUUUUCUGUAUAUCUCCUAAUUUAAGGUGAGACACGCGCGCGCGGAGAUACCAAAAAAAAAGAGAAAAAGAGGGUGAAAGAAAAAAAAGAAAACGUAGGAAAAGUAGGAUAAACGGUAUUUUGUCGGGAAUCGAAUCCUUGCUCCAUCUUCGUUUGUACACUUAUGCGUUAUUCAGACGACACGUCUCGGGAAAUAUUUCCUGAAAAACGUCUCGCUCGUAUCACACGCGGCGGGCGGGGUGUCAAGGGGUGAGCUCUCGCAGGUGGGAAUACAGGAACAUAUGCGCGACGUUUGCGCCGUUUAAUCCUUGAGGGAUACAGUAUAUACGUGAGAUUUACGUAGCCGCGAUGAAAUCUUGGCGGCGAUGUCGGAGGCUAAACGAGUAAAAAGUUAUGAAGGGUGCGAGAUGACGCGCGCGAAUAGGAGCGAGUGGAGUGCGAGAGCCCGAAGUCUCUUUGAGAUUCUUCUUAGGCGCGAGAUCACGUCUAAUGGAAAUCUUACGGAUUUGACGCUCAAGAACCACUUCUCGCCUCGCCGAGAGUCGGCACGUACGUCGGCAUCGUCGAUAUAUUAUGUCUUCGAGCGCGGCCUGUGCGCGACGCAAUCUGUAUCACGAUAUAGCGAUUAAUUGUAGUAAAAUACACGUUAUGCGAUGAAAAAGGAAAAAAAAAGAAAAGAGAGUCUUGCAGCUAGACCUCCAUUCUCCGAAACAUGACGCGGUGGUGCGGGAUCUGCUGCCGCCAGUGCAACAUCGACGGAAACGCUUGUCGGACAAAUCGCAACGUGUGUACCACGUUUUCAAUCGCAAAUCUGCAAAACUUCGACGUCGGCACACGUAUCUCACGAGAAUUCGGAACAGACGAGAGUUAGGAAAGGUACGUAUUUCGUUUCUAGGAUUUUAAUAUAGCUGUCCUGUUUAGAAGAUAUUUAUAAAAGUAUGAAUGGCUGUUCGGUGGGCGAAAGUACCCAGCAAAUACCAAGUUGCAGUUGUAAAACUGUUGUAAUGUCCUACUCAACAAUGUAACUGCCAAUGUUUGCCGUUAUCUAUAAUAAAAUCAUCUAGAUAAAGAAAAUAGUUUCAUCUUAUCUUUAUUCUGAUUAUUAUAAUGUAUAUUAUCUUAAGCAUUAUCCUGGAUAAAAAAGGAUCAUCUUUUUCAAAUUAUCUAAAAUAAUAUGAACAAUAAUGAGAAAAAGUAUAUUAUCCUCAGUCUUCAAGUUAUCUCCUUUUAUUCUAAUAGGAGAAUGUUUCAAAGUGAUGAUAAAGUUGGAUUUCAAAAUUUACUACCGGUACUGAAAAUCUAUAACAUAUGUAACAUAUGUAAACUAUACAUUUUUAAUACUGGUAGUGAAUAUUGGAACGCAGGCAAGAUUGCACAGGUCAGGAGUAAUGCGCGCAAUGUAAAAAUGGCCCCGAAAAAGUAUAAAUUGGAAAACUUUUGCAAAGAAUAAUAAAUAAUUUAGGAUUUAGUCAACGAACUGGUAAAUUGUGUUUAAUAAUUAAUUUUAUUCACAAUGUUACGAUUUUAAAUUUAGGUCCUUUUCAAUUAAGUCAGUAAAAACUUUAAUGUUAAUAUAAAUAUAAAAAUGGCUCCGAAAAAGUAUAAAUUCGAAAACUUUUGCAAGGAAUAAUAAAUAAUUUAGCAUUUAGUCAAUAAACUGUGUUUAAUAAUUAAUUGUGUUUAAUAAUUAAUUUUAUUCACAAUGUUACGAUUUUUAAUUCAGGUCCUUUUCAAUUAAGUAAGUCAAUAAAAACUUUAAGAUUAAUAUAAGCCAUUUAUUAUGAAUCGUUUGUUGUGAAUAAAAUUAAUUAUUAAACAUAAUUUGCCAAUUUGUCGACUAAAUUCUAAUUAUUUAUGUCUUUUUAUCACUGGCGAUUAUAAAUAAGACUCCUUUUGCAAAGAAUUUUGUCAAUGAUUAGAUAAUAUUAUAUUCCUUUCAUUUUUUAACUUUUUAUUUGCGUAUUCAUUAAAAUGCAGAGAGAAAUCUUUUUUGAAGAACCUUUAUCUUCAAGAAAUAAAAGUUUAGAAAUAAAAAUAUGAACAUAUUGUUUUCAUAUUCUAAAUUGUUUUGCUCAAUAGCGACAUUGAAAAAUUAUCUAGAUCUAGAUGAAACUACACAUAUGAUUUUAUUUCUUAUCUAGAUAAAUUAAAAUUAAAUCAUUUUUAUCUUAUCUAAAAUACAUUUACAUAUAAUUUAUCUUAUCUUUAUCCAGAUAAUGUUAAAUUAUCAAAGCGCACUAGUAACUGUUAAAUAGCGCAUUCGUUACAUAACAGUUACAUUAUUGAAUGGGAAAUUAGAACUAAUAGUUUUGUAAUUGUAACUUGAUGUUUGCUGAAUAGUCUUUCAUUUAACGUUAUUCGUGGAACUUCCAAUUAGAUUUUCUUGCUUCGUUUGGAUACCUUGGUAAACUCGUCGCUUUUCUUCGAAGCUGUCCGAAUCCCUCACCUCGAAAGCGAUUAAUAGUUUUACGGGGUAAUUGAUCACACCGUAAUGGCUCGUAUAGUUCCCACGGUAGAAACAGUAGCGUAAUAUUUCACGAGCUCGCGUUCAACAAUUCGUUCCAAAUUUAUCUGCGUUUAUAAUAAUGAGCGCGCAAAUAAAUAUAACGCGCCGUACCGCGAGUAAUUUUAGCGAGCACGCCGCCGCACUUUCUCGGCGUAACGUAAAGCACAUUAAACGCAGAUUCGUAUGCAUGAAAAUUCGUAUGAACCGUGCCAUAGAAUUCGUGGAAUUCCUAUGCGCAUCCCGCAAAUCUAAAAUUUUAAUGACGUUACUCCGGGUGAAAAAAAAAUUUCUCUUCGAAAUAAUGUCUUCGUGUACGAAUGUCGUGAAAUUCAAACUCGACCCACAUCGCGUUGCAUGACGGCGUUACUUUAUUUCUUAUUACACGAAUAUGAUACGUUGUCAAACGAUUUAGCCCAAUACGUUUAGAAGACAGGCGUAUAUCGUUAAAUAUUUGUUCUGCAUCGUGACAGAGAAUCUAUCAGCGAUCUACUUUAAGUAUAAAACUGUUCCGAUGUCAGAAUUGAGUCGCUCUCCCUCUCUCUCUCUCUCUCUCUCUCUCUCUCUCUCUCCGAUCGGAUUUAUUAUACGUUAUUAAUAGAAAUAUGCAGAACGUGCGAUGCCAAUUCCAUUGGAAUUCUACAGAGCGAUAUUGCGUGACAUAUGUCACCGUUGUCAAAUCGCUCGCUUCCUUUGAUAACUUUCGAUCGCCUACUCGUGAUAAAUUUACGGUUACAGCUUUAUCGCCCGCGUUAUUUGAAAUUCAAGCAGUCUACGGAAAGCGGUUACCGAAAUUCAACAAAUUUUACGAUUCCUUCCGACAGCUUCCCCCCAAUCGUCCCUCGCGAUCACCUCGUUACUGUAAGUUAAUAGCUCCUUUACGUGCACUUGAAUCGUCCUUGUGGAGCCGAGUGCUUGUUCGUGCGCACGUUACAACGUGUACACAACACGUAUACGAAUGCAUAGGUAUUUAUACGUUCUAUAAUUGAAUUUAGUAUUCCUGUUUACUGCAAUGUACGGCAUGGAUUUAUUAAUAAUAAUAAUCCUUUGAAAACCAACUUUGUUCUUACAAAAAAGAUCGAAUCGAUAGCAAAAAGUAAUUCGAUUAUUUGUAUUUCUGAAUAUAUUUCGAUAUUAUUAUAUAUAUUUUUUUUAAUUAUUUUUUUUAUGUACAUGUACACGUGACUUAUUUCGAGUCUACUAUUGCAGUAUAUUACACCUGGAGAAAAGUAUCUUCAAAUCAAAGAAAAUUAGUUUGAAUUAAAGAAAUUUGUGCAUUGCUAUACAAUUAAAGAAAAGUUUCUAUGAUUUGAAACAAUUUGUUACUUGUUUCUUUCAUUAGAAUUAAAGAAAUAGUUUAGUUGUGCAACGAAAUUUUUUUUUGAAAAAAAUAUAUUUUUAAAACCGAAAACAACUAAAUUAUUUCUUUGGCACAUUACUUGCGUUAAAUAAUUAUUUGUUUAAAUUAAACAAAUGAAGCAUUUAAUUUAAAAAAAAAGGCAAAUAAUGUCAUUUCUGGAAAUCAAGUAAAUUUUUAUUUUUCUCAAAGGUAUUUUCAUUUUAACUUAAAAAAACCGAGUUAAUGAAACGAUUUCAUUAAUUUAAACGUAACUUUUCUAUGAAUACAAUUUUUUAAUAUUUUGUUUCUACAGUUGAUUGUAGAAUUUUCCGAUUAUUAUCAGUUAUUAAUAUUUUACUAUUCUAGAUAGACAAAUACAAUUCUACCGGCACAUACAUAUUCAAUAUUGAUCCUAGAAUCUGAUCGUGAAUAUAAAAUAUUUUCCCGUUUCGCGCAUUGUCGAAAUAUUUUCUAUAAUACUCGCGCAAUUACUCUUUUCGUCCGUGCUAUAAAUUCCCAGAACAAAAACCUGUAUUCAUAUCAAACUAAUAUAAUAAUAACGAACUAAAACGUAUUAAACUAAUUAAAAAGUAACGUCUUUUAAUAAUAUAACAUUCCGGCUAACUUGGACGAGCGGCGUAAAAUUGGAAGUUUUAACGUAAAGGAAAAUGCGGUCAGUUUUUGGCGAAGGAAAUAUCAGACCUCUUAGCGAUAAAUUAUUCAUCACAGAGUUUUACUUAAUAAAACAGCAACUUUUUAUCUCGACUUUUUUUGCCUCCGUCCAAAGGCUAAGAAGAGAGGGAGGCUGAGAAGGGGGGAGAGAGAGAGAGAGAGAAUAAUACACCUCCCACAUCACCCGCAAGCAAACCCUUCCGCGAGUUCGCGUUUUCAUGCAAAGCAGUCCCCGAGACUGGUGGCCGAUAACGUGCACGCGUGUAUUUAUUUAUAUUCACGCGCGAAUCGAAAUUCCUAUCUACGCGGGGUAUUUCGAUGUCGAAUACUCCGGCUGAUGAAGUUAUCGGAAUAGCCUGGCGCGAUACGCCGUAAUGAGAACAAUGCGGCGCUCCUCGAAUAUUUACCAACCUCACGGAAUUCUGCAAUAGCGCACGGCCGUCACGCUGAAGCGACUACUACGCGAAUUCCACGGAUUAGCGCGCCGAUUCCUCGAUUAAUUUAAUUAAAAAUGAAUACCCGAUGGAAAUAAUCCCCCCUCCCCCCUCGCCCGCGCUCGCAUCCACCGCGGCCGUCGCGCACGCUCGCGAAAUCUCGUUCACGCUCUCGUAAAAGUCGUAGCUCGUACGUGCUCGCAAUUAUAUCGGGAUUAAACCAAUUAUUAUCGCGAGCGCGACGUUACAUACCGUUAUCGACUGGCGUUUCCGAGAGUCGCGAUAUUCAUAUUUGUUAAUAUUAAAAUAAGAUCAUAAAAUUAGCGUAGCGCGAUAUCUCGUGUGCGUAAUCGCGGCGCGCAACGUAGCUCAUUGACUUGUUAAUAUUUUUAUUCGAAACCGGCGGAAAUGCUGCUUUUAUUAUGUGCGAGUUGCGAUAUUACCCUGGUAACAUUGAUUAAAAGCAAAAAACAAAAAAGGAACGACGGCAAUGGUUAUUAUUUAAACAAGAGUAAUAAAAUGUUGCACCGUUAUUUACAGAGCCUGGAAUUUUGCUCAAGCAGCAGAGAAACCCUCUUCUAGGAUUCUAAUUUUUUAAUUUUCUGGUUGCACUAAAUUCGCUCGUUUUUAAUUUAAGUAAAUCUUCAUUCUACCGUAAUUAGCAUAACUGUAAUCUAAAAGAGAAUGAAAAAAAUCUCGCUACACAAGCUUUCCAAGCUCGGCUCGGCUCGGCUCGGCCUGACGCGAUCGUAAAGCAAAUGACGGUUGUUAACUUCGCGAUGCAGAUAUCCACGAAUUGACAAUCGAUCUUACCGCAUAUUCCGGUCAACGGCGAGACGUUAUCUUGUAAAAUCGCUUGCAAAACCGAGGGGUUAAAGCGCGCUUAAUGAUUCCAUCAGCUCGAAUCGGUCUCGUCAUUAUUAGACAGAACGAUGAGUUGUAAAACAAACGCGCAAAUCUGUGCUGCGUAUGGUAGAAGCGGCGAGAAUGAUGGCAUCAAACCGCAGAGUGCGAAUGUUACGGUAACGUAAAAGCCUUGUGUCCACGACGCUAGAAAUCUGUCCGAGAUCUCGGAUAGAGAGAGAGAAAGAGAGAGAGAGAGAGAGAAUUGGUCAAUCGCAUUUGUACAAUUCCGCCAACUGACUAAUGCGAUUGGUUCACUCUCUCACUCUCCGUUCGAAAUCUCGGACCGAUUUCCAGCGUCCGCGUCGUGGACACAAGGCUGUGAGGACACGUACGCUGCGUGAGGGUCGAAAUGACGUCGAUGAAAACGCCGGCCGCCGCCGUGGGUCGACGUAAUCUCUCUCGAUAUCCAAGAGUGCUCUCCCGACGAAUCUUCGCCAGGUGACGAAUUUUACACGGCGAAGCUGCGGCUUCGCUUUGAUUGCGGCACGAUCGGUGAAAUUCGCGAUGAAAACAGCCCGAGCGCGCGCUCGUGGGUGUUCACAAGGUGGUCGAACGAACGCAAUAAUUAUCGGCGAUUCAGCGCGAUGCUUCCACCUGCGGAUCUUCGGAAGGAUUGGCCGCGCCUCGCUCGCUUCUAGCUCCGUACAAUGGGCCUUUAAUGAGUUCCCUUUGCAGCGGGCGGCAACGCGCACUGUUUGGAUCGUUCUGAUAGGGGUGACCGGAAAGGAGAGAUAGAAGAGAAAGAGCGAAAAAGAGAGAGAGAGAGAGAGAAAAGGAAAAAAGCUGCGCAAAGUAACGUUUGAUCGGUGAAGCGUGAAGAUGAUUCCCGCGGAUUUCGUGGAAUCGCGCGCAGUCACCCGUGUAUUAUGUAUCCGUCGUUAUCUGGCUCGAUAGUGGAGAAGAGCACAGCUGAGGAAGAGGUGGAGGUGAGGGAGGGGAAAAGGAAAAAAAAUUCGCCGUAAGAAAGGGUCACGACACGCGCGGGGGUUCAUUUCGCUCCCGGCGGACGCGGCGGGAUCUCCUCUCCCCUUAAAGAUCUUCUCUAUCCCUCUUCCCCCCGCCCCUCCCUGUCUCUCUUCUCACCCCUUCAUGGCUCCCACGUCGACUUCGCACAAAUCGGCGGAAUAGCUGUCUUGUAAAAACAUCAAUAGCAAGCGGAAAGCCCCGCGGAAUUAAAUCGAGAAGAACGUUCUCCGGACUCUCGAAACUCUACGUGUCUUUUGUUUCUUUACUUGCACCGUGAUACCGUCGUUCUAUCGCGUUUGUAGCUCCUCGAGAAAACGCUUGUUCUCUUAAUCGUUCUCGAUGGCCGCGCUCGACACGGAGAGCGACCUGGCAAUCGGAAAUUAUAUUAGUAGACGCUCAGCCCCUUCUCUAUUGCCUAUUAUUACUUUCGUGCGCGAUAAUAUUUUUCAAUUGACGACUAAAUGCAAAAGAAAAAGAAUAAAGAACUUAUUUCUUACUUGCCGUUACAAGAUUGAUGUUACCUUGCGUAAUAUCAGGUGACAUUACACCGUUAAAUAUUAAAGAGUCAAAUUGAAACCAAUAAGUUGAAUUAAAUAAUAUUUUGUUAUGUUUAACUUCUAAGUAUGUGUGUCGAAAUUUAUUAUUUUAACACAAAAUAUAUUAAAAGGACAACCUUAUCUAAUCAACCUAUUUCUGUAAUUAAAUUGCUUGGUUAAUUAAUAAGCAGUGUCCAUAUUAACGUACGCACCUAGUAAAUAAUAAACAAAGUUUGACAUUUUCAUAGUUAACUUGUUUAUUGUUUAAAUUAACGACAAAUUGAGUGGGAGCAAUGGUGACCUAAAAAUGAUAUAAAAAUGAUAAAAAAUAAAUUGGGUCGAAUUCGACACUACGAAUUUAACAGUGUAUUGUAAUUUCAGAAUAUAAGGUUGAAUUUUUCUGACACAUCGGAAAUAACAAUCAAGACGUCUAGCAAAAUUGGGAGUAGUUAUAAUUAAAAAUUAUUUUAAUCGUAACAUUUCAAGUUUGUUCGAUAUUUGGUUAUUAGAUAUUGGUUUGCAUUACGAGAAACUUCUUUGGUCUCAAGUUGAUAUGUAAUUGACUUCAUCGUUCAUAAAAAAAAAGAGAGAGGAAGAAAUCUCCGAGACAAAGAACUAUUAAGAUUACAGGGUUAUGUUUAAUUGUUGACAUAGAUUCCAUGGAUAUUAAUAUAUAUAACAAUUCGAUCUAUGUUUAUUACUUUAUGUUUUUAUUAUCCGUCAAGAUAAUAAAAUAGAGAAAUUUUAUUAUGUUUUCGCGACUGUUAAAGACUGAUCAAGUUAAUUCUUGUUAUCUUAAUGAUAUUUCUAACUACAGAUUAAAUAUUUUUAACUAACAUCGUCGCUAAUUCGCUGCUCGUACUUGGCCUUUCCUGGCAAAUCGAUUAGUUUCUGUUUAAGAAUUGUUUUAAUAUUUAAUUAUUUAGUAUUUGGUUAUACUAUUUUAAAUUAUAUUGAAGGAUAAUCGAGUUAUACACCUAAUCCAGCUUACAGCAACAUUUUUUCCCUCCCUAAUAGGAUUCCAAAUGCGUUUGAUUUGAAUAUUGGAAUUUAUUCGCGCAUAAAAACUACCCUGUAUUUGACCCAAAAACCAAUUUGGUUCGGCAUUAUAUUCGGUUGUGAUAAUUCUCGCAAACCCGGGCAACUGUUUCGCAUCGCUUCGUGUGAAUCAUAGAAUUAUUAAAAGGAAAGAGAGGAAGGGACGAAAAAUAAAAAGAUAAAGAGGGAAAGAGAGAGAGAGAGGGAGGGUAUUUUCCACGGGAAGAAAAAUCACGUUCGUUUCGAAGGAAAGCGGGUGGUCGCGUGUUCGCCCCGGCGCCUUAGUUAUUUUAACGUUACUUUUAACGGUAAAAGGCGACACGCCUGAGUUAUACGCUGGAAAUGCAUCGCGCUCGAGAUUGCUCGUCGCAAAAACGGCGGUAGCGCGCGCGCGGAAAGCGAGGAGACCGAUAGCCUUCCGAAGGUGUUUUACGAAACGGCGCGGCGGCGUCCGGGACGCAAAUAACUCGACGAGAAACUUCAUUAUGAUCCGCGCAACGUGUGUUACGGCGACGCGCUAAGGUUCAAUCGUGUUGUAUCAGGGUGCGAAAUGAAAUUUUAACGCGUUCUCUCGACGGCCUCGAAGACCGUUCGACGCAACGUAUUCGUCUGGCGCUUAAUUCGAUCUCGUCGACGCGAACGCACGAUGAAUUAUUGAUACCGAUCGCAUAACAAAUUCGCGAUCGAUGCCGCGCUCGUAUCGCGGAUGAUUAUGCCGCGAUUCGAUGACAAAUGCAUGCGCGAUUGGUAACGCGCGACCGCCGUCCGCAAUAAUACAGCGAGCGGAUUGCGCUCGCGAGCGACGUCGGAAAGCAGCGGCCGUAACACGCUUGUAUUAUACGGACGUGAAUGCUUAUUAAUCAUCGGUCAUUAUACAGACGGCAUUUCGCGAUUAUCGAAAAGAUAUAUGAAUAUCGUAUCGCAUACCCCGUUUCCGCACGAGCUCGAGGAGGGGUGAAUUAUGCUUUAAGGUAGUUAGACCCCAAUCACGCGAGUCAACGACUCAACAAAUCUCUGAAUUUAAACGAAGCUUGAAUUAUAUCGUUACGUAAAAUCUAAGAACAAGCUAAGUAUUUUACAUACUUACGAUAUUAGAUCGUAAAAAAAUUAAUUUAAAAGAAAGAGAGAAAGGAAACCUAUGAAUCACGUAGUGAGAGAUAACCAUCUCGAUUGCGUUCGCGGAGCACGCUCUCAGCGUUAUUGCGUCAUUUUAUCUUUAUUUUAUGCGUAAUGAUCGAUAAAGAUAGAAUGACGGAAUGGCGUUAACAACGUCCUCUCUGAACGCAGCCCUAAUCAUCCAUCCUGUUUGAAAGUACGACGUUACCGUAUCUACUAAACUUUCUCAAUUCUCGAGAAAAUUGUAAAAUCAAGAUUUUUACUCAAGCUAAUAUUAUAUGAUAAAUAUUUGCGGUCUUGUUAAACAUACUUCCUCACGAAUUCAACUACUUGAGACUCGUUUUUCAUUAAUUUCUUGAAUGUGGUUCCGAUUCUGUAUGAAAACUUGUGUCGUAUCGCGGUAUAAAUGGCUGUACUACCUUGGUAAAUAUGGAAAAAUCUGCGAUGUUUGAAUGGUUAUAUAUCGAGAACGGGACGAUAAUUCGAAUUCAUAUUUUAAAGUAUAUAUGUAUUAAAGCGUCUUCUUGAUUCGAAUGGUAAAAAAAAAUCGAUUUCUUUAAUUGCUUCUUUUAAAUCCUUCUUUAUGGUUCAGGAAUUAACGGCGGAUUAACAUUUGGUAAGAAAAUAUUUGGAUUAUAUGCAUAGAAAAUUAAUUUAAAACUUUAAAGUCAAACUCAAAACCGUGUUUUUAAAAUCGCGGGAAAUUCUCUCUCUCUCUCUCUCUCUCUCUCUCUCUCUCUCUCUUUCUCUCGAAAAAAACCUUGAUUUGAAAUUUCGCACAAUUAUUACUGACACUUUUUUGUAGUUUAGAAACCACAAUUUUAUAUUUAUCAAUUAUUUAACGAAAGUGCGCGAAAAAAUGUCGACAGUCAAAACAUGAUUUUAGCUUUGUCGGCAUUUUAUUAAAUUUCAAAAUUUUACUCCAAAUAUUGGUUCAUUGACUGCGUAUACCAACGUAGAAUACUGGUAAAAGAGAAUUAUUAAAAUACUUUUAUUACAGAUUAGGAAUUUCCCACGAUUUUUAUAUUUUUCUCAACGCGUCAAAUUCAAUAGAUCAGGAGAGGGGAAUGGAUAAGAGAAAUGUCAUUUUAACUCUGCAACUUGCAGGACAAAAAUUCGUAUUAAAACAAAUAAAAAGUUUCAGUCUUAAUCAAUUGUAUAGUUUGUUCACAAUUCACUUCCCCCCAAAAAAGCAGUCAACUCUUAAGCCUCUGAACCAGAAAGACCCCUUAAUAUCUAAAUUAUUUGAGAUAAAAGUUUCCAGACAUUCUCGAAUAACGUGUUUUGAAGUCUAACUACCUUAAACAACUGUGCGAUCGCGCAAACAAAACGCCUGACAAAAGCGGUCGAACAGUAGCAAGGAACAAUUGAGGUGGAAAUUCCUGUCCGCGGCUAUCGAUUGAAUUUCAUUCGGAAUUUGAAGCGGCGUAAUCGGCGCUGAUCCAUCUCGAGUUCCCGGUCAGACGUCGCGGGCAGCCCAGCCGGCCGGCCGGAUUCGAGCUGCCCGAUUCGAGACGCGGACGCGAGGGAGUGCAGGUGCGAACGAGAGACCAGGAUUGCGGCUCGCCGGGCGGAAGACUGAUUGGCCGACCCAGAUGCAUACCGUUAUCAUAAAUCUGCCCAAAAUCCCCCGCAACCGCGCGGAUAUACAUUGCGCUACUUCCUCGCCCCUGGCCGCUGCACGCUGCCGUCGCCGCCGCUUCCUGCACACGAUGCACGUCUGGAGUCCGUGCGUUCUUCAUACCGUACUUUCGCGGCGGACCGAGGAGAAAUCGCACGUCGGGAUAAAUUAAGGAGGUUCUCCAGCUUUAAAAGAUGAAGGGGAAUCGCAUGAUUUGUCAUACAGAUUUUUUGAGAAAAAUGAGCAUUUGACAUCUUUUACCAUCUUCAAAAUAAUAAAUUAUGAACAAAUUUAAGUAAUAAAAAAAUCACAAUUUGUUAUUUAUAAAUAAUUUCUCUAUAUUAUGUAACAUUGAUAAAUAUUGGUGCAAAAAAAUUAUUUUCGUGCCAUAGUGGCACAUACAUUUGUUAAACCUUCAAAAAAUCAUAUCUUUCACAAAAAUAAAGAUAGCAAUUUUUUCUGGGCUCAUUUCAAAGAUAAAUGAUAAGACUGUUCACAAAAAAAUCAACACCCUUAGGAGUUUCUCUCCUUGAUCUGUAUAUUUCAUCAAAAAUAGGUAAAAAUGAAAAAUUCAUCUUAAAAAAUAAGAUAGCAAGUCCUUUCUGGAUUCAUUUUGAAAGUUAACGUAAGGACUAUUUGUAAAAACAAAAUCGCUAUUUAAUUUCAAAAUAACGGAUCUAAUGUGGUGGACAAAAAUAUGAAAUUUUGUUGGAUUUGAACAUUUUGAUCCUCCAUAUUGAAUCCACCAUUUUAGAGUUUAAAAUUUUGAUUACAGAUUCAUAAUCAGCGACCCUAAAAAUUUCUAGUAAGACGUAAAUUAGAAUGAAUUUUGCUAAUUAUUCCUAGAAAAAAAGUUAAACACGAAAAGGUUGAAUAGUAACAGCGUUGUGAAUUUUACUGGUAUGAUGUCAUAUUUAAAGAUAAUUGUAUAAUUCACGAACAUUUCAUACUCUUACACGAAAAUGAUGAACUUUCAUUUUUUUUUAAUUCCACAUUUUCUUCGAACUUCAUUCUUUUUUAUAAUUAGUUUUUUUUUCAAAAGUCUUGUACUUUGCAAUUAAAUUACUUCAACUUUUCUUGCCACAAAAUUUGAAGAAAGCUAUUAUAGUUUAUUGAAUCAAAUAUACAUAAGAUAAUUCAGAGUCAAUAUAAAUUAUUCGUGCAUUUAUAUAUCUAAAUAUACAUUAAUUAUUAGUUAAAGUUAAUAAAUUUUAAUUACUAUUACAAAUUAUUGAAAUUAGGUACUUAAUCAUUGGAAAUAGCUGUUUCUUGGUGUAGAUACUCGUAAUUCAUGCGAUAGAUUAUUGAGUAUAUCAUGUUUCUUAAGCCUCGUGUCCACGAUGCUAGAAAUAGGUCCAAAUCUCGGACAGAGAGAGAAUUAAUCGCAUUUGAGAACAAUUCAGUCAACUAACUAAUGUGAUUCGUCAAUUCACUCCUGUCCGAGAUCUCGACUCGAUUUCUAGAAUAGUGCACACAAGGCUUUAGAUUAAUAUGUUCUUGCUUAAAACUCUGUGAUCAAGAGAUAAAAUUACAUACACGAUCAAAUAUGCGUAAAAAAUUAUACAGCGCAAAAAAUUUGAUUAAUGGUUCGAGUCAUUAUGAUCCUGUGCAAUUUAUUACGUAUUACAUUGUACUGAAAAUGAUCCAAACAAUAGGACUGAAACCUUUACGUUGUAGCUUUAAUUAGUAAUAUAUAUUUAGGUACACACACGAAUAACUGAUGUUGGUUCUAAUUUAGCAUUUUAUAUACAUUGGAUUUAAUUCUCUGAAAACUAAUUUUUGUUUAUUUAUUAAAAGUUUAUUCGUUUAUUAGUUUAUUCAAAGUUUAUUUUUAUUGAAAGUUAAUUUUUAUUAAUUUAUUUAAAAUGUAUUAGUUUUUAAAAAGUUAUAUUAAAUAAAAUUAAAAAAAAAAAAAAACUAGAUGAUCAAGAAAUUAGACAAAAUUCAGGAAAAACCUUUAUAUAUUAUUUUUAUAUACUUAUUCUCAAAAUUAAAUUGAAUUCUUAUAGUUAUAUUAAAAUACUGGAGAAUUUCAUCUUAAACGGUAUCAGACUAUCUUUGGAGAUUGAAGAUUAAAGAUUAAAAUUCAACCAACCAGAUACUUGUAACUUUAAUCCGUUUCGUUCUAAUUGGUUGAAUUCUAAUCUCCAAUUAUCGCAAUCCUCAAUCUGCAAUGCGUAAUCUAAUACCGGCUUAAUGGCGCGGCGUUUGUUUCAAGUACCGUCACGCACGGCCCGCAUUUUAAACGCGAAAUCUAACUGACCUUUGCCGCAACCACCACCGACGCGUCUAAGCAAGUAGGUCGGCUUUGUCGCUCUACGCAUUCCGACGAGCGUGAGGAAAAAAAAA